GGGUUAGAUAUGGCUCUUCUAAGUGACCAAUCAGGUUCUUCAGGUCAGAGAUUUGGUGCGAUGUUGUCAUCGUUGCCGGUAUAGCUGGAUAGAUUCUCACAAGCACGAGACAGUUAAGGGGUUACACGAUAUAGAAAGAGUAUAUAAGCCAUCGCAGAACCUCGAAGAACUGAAUAUGUUUUCCAGAAAAUCACCAAACAUCCAGACCUCAAACAUCGAACAUCAAACCACAAAGAUCACAACACCUCCCACAUCCAACUUACCACCUUCAAAACUUUCCAACCAAAAAAAACUACCAAAAAUGCAAUUCUCCAUCAACCCCCUCCUCCUCGCCAUCAUCGGCACCCUCACCCUCGUCCACGCCUCCCCCGCCGGCGUCGCCUCCAGAGACCUCCUCUCCCCCCGCGAAGCCAUCCCCUUCCCCGAGCCAAAGGCCAACUGCUGCUCCUGCGACCUCAAGGACCGCGGCGCCGGCAACUACGUCUGCAAGGUCGCCAAGAAGAGCAUCUGCGCCGUGCCGCUCAUCGCGUGCCCGCUCGACCCGGCCACCCAGGAGCAGUGCUGCUGCUGCGACCCCAAGACGCCCGCCAUGCGCUGCAAGGCGAUCCCCAAGGGCAGCGGGUGUAUCUGCACCGCCGUCAAGUGUCCUUUCUCGUUUGACAUGUCGUUCUUGCCGGCUGGUGGUUUGUGAGGUCUCUUAAACUGUUGGUGGAGGCUGGUGUUAGUUGGCUCAAGGGGCUUUUUAAUGUGCACGAUAUUGUGGGGAUAUUCAGCCAAUAGACUAGCAUUCAUGGGAUACUUUAAUGAACAUGGCGAGAAACUGAAGAAUCAUAUUGUUUCGUUGAAAUCACAGUUAGUGAACCAGUUGAUAU